AUGUCUAAGCUCCCUCCAAACCACCAUCCCCUCGACUGCACCUACAACCGAGACGAUGUUGUCGCAGGGCUUACUCAAUAUUAUUUGGCCCUAACCAGUAUGGCCUAUAUCCCGGCAUCUUAUAUCGACUUCCCUCCCCCAGGAGGCUGGACCGACAUGGAGCUUGACAUUGGUGCCCUUCGUGCUCUCCAACGCUCUGAGAAAGUGAUUGAUUUGCUGCGCCAUCUUCCGUAUCCGAGAGCUAUGCAGGAUGGACCACGCCCAGGUCCAUGGAACGUCGCACCACAAUCAAAAGCCGUGCGUUACCUCCGCCACAUGGGUGACUUUUGCCGGUGGUCAGACCGCGGCGAUGCGGGGCUCUUAGAGUUAGCAGCUCUUCAACUCAGUGAGACCCCAGCCGGACCGAUGAACCUACCUCCGGACGUCGUAGCACUUACCUUCGGCGACCAUUGGAAACCGACGGCUAGUACCAAGCCGUUUUGGUGGAUUGUUGACUGCGGUCGCGGGGUCAUUUCGCCGUUCCAAGAGAGAGUUUACAGCGUCGGGAAGGUCCCUCGUAACAAGCCAUGGCGGACAGCUCAGUCCUACCCUGCGGCGAACUUUUUCGCACAGCUUCUAGCCGAGUUGGGGUCAAAUCUGAUCCCGGUACCGCCGACGGAAGAGCUCGAUGCUGACGUCUUGAGCCGUUCUUCACUGCACACGACCGAACCGUGGGAUAUCUAUCAGCGACACGGUUGGCCGGGCGAAACCUUCCGCCAUGAUGAGUGCAUCAUUGCGUUGCAAGCCUAUCGCCGACGGGUUCACGAAGAAGAACAGCAUCGUAUAUCUCAAGACGUAGAUGAUGCGGAUGAUGAAGACUUUGAAAUGGAAGACAGUGACGAUGAUAUGGAGCAAGACGUGGGGACCUCUGGACUCGAGGAUGCUGUCGCAGACAUGGAAGUUGACGAUUUGAGCGCCGAGGCUGCUGCUUUACGCGCCGAUAUGUCUCCUGAGGAGCGGGAGAGGUUUGAUCGACACCAAUUGGGAAAUCAGUUGCCUUUUGAUUGGAUUGACUCCGAAUAA